AUGGCAUCUACAGACCGAUCAUGGUCACUGAAGAGCCUCCCUUUACGAGACAGUUCGAGCUCAGGCGUACUUCACUCAGAUGGCCAUCCCCAAACUCCAGCGACGCCCAGAGGAUUGACUCCCCUUACGUUCAAAGUAACUAGCGUUCUUUCGACGACACAUUCUGAUACUGAGUUUCGAGAUGCUCUGAAUCUUCUGGAUGAACGUGGGAUCCAAAAUGACGCCGAAACUCGCCGCCGUGUACGGCUGGACUUGCAAAAAGAAGUCAUUGAUAGCAACGGAGAGGUUAUUGCCGAGUUUGGCCGUGUAGCAGAGCAACUUCGGCGCAUCAAAACAACUAUCGAUAAGCUCAACAAUGGCUACGAGGAUAUGAAGAGUCAAGUUAUUGAAGCUCAUAGGCAAACACUGCCAGCUCUCUCUGAGGCAUCUUCUCUUUUAAUGCAAAGAAAACAAAUCGAGGUCAAGCAAGAGCUUCUCAGUGCCUUCAGGCAGCAUUUCGUUAUGACUGAUAACGAAAUCGCUGCUCUUACUCAAACAGCUGAGCCGGUAGACGGCCGCUUUUUUGAUGCUUUGGGCAAAGCGAAAAAGAUUAGCAAGGACUGUGAAAUUCUACUCGGUUUUGAGAAACAGACGCUGGGCCUUGAGUUGAUGGAGCAAACCUCAAAGAACAUCAAUCUUGGCUUUCAGAAGCUCUAUAAAUGGAUCCAACGAGAAUUCAAGACCUUGAAUCUAGAAAAUCCACAAAUGAACUCGUCGAUACGUCGGGCUCUUCGAGUUCUUGCUGAAAGGCCAUCACUCUUCCAGAACUGUCUCGACUUUUUCUCCGAGGCUCGAGAAAGAAUUCUCUCGGACUCGUUCUACGUUGCUCUGACAGGGACCUCGCAGUCGGGGACUGAGGACCAGUCUGUUAAACCGAUUGACAUGUUAGCACACGAUCCGCUCCGUUACGUGGGAGACAUGUUGGCUUGGAUUCAUUCGGCCACUGUCAGCGAACGCGAAGCAUUGGAAGUUUUAUUCGUCGCAGAGGGGGAGGAGCUUGCUAGAGGUUUCAAAUCUGGCCGGGACGCUGAAAUAUGGCGACUGAUUGCUGAGGAUGACGAAGUCGAAGCUGACUUCAAUGCUCUCAAGGCGUUGAAUGAUCUAGUCGAUCGCGACAUCUCUGGGGCCGCUCGUGUGCUUCGCCAACGAAUGGAGCAGGUAAUUCAAGCAAACGAAGAUACUAUACCCGCCUACAAACUUGCUAAUCUUAUCAACUUUUACCGUAUCACUUUUCAAAAGACACUCGGCCCCAGCUCCAACUUGGUGGAGUUGAUCGGAGGGUUAGAAACAGAAGCAUUGCGCCAAUUCCGAGCACUGGUCAGGGACCAUAUCGCAACACUCCAAGGCGAAUUCCAGCACGCUCCACUGGACCUUGGUCCCCCUCCCUUCCUGCAGGAGUCGCUUAAGCAGCUGAACGCCAUUUGCAAAACAUAUGAUGCCUCUUUGUCUGCUUCAGAAGAUCGGGAGAGCGAGUUCGAGAAUGUGUUGGCAGAGGCUUUUGAACCAUUUAUGGCCGGUUGUGAAAAUAUGGCCAAGAACAUGAAUACUCAGAACGGUGCCAUCUUCCUCAUUAAUUGCAUAUCAUCAGCAGUUUCGUCGUUAGAGCCAUUCGAUUUCACACAACGCAGGACCACGAAACUGCGUGAGAAAUCAGAUGAAGCGGCCAAGGGGCUUGUCACUAGCCAAUACCACUUCUUCCGACGGGGGUCAGGGCUAGAUGCCGUUUUCUCGAAGCUAGAGGAAGAUGAUGGGAAAAGCGCUUCGUUGCUCGAUGAGAAAGCUCUCUCUCGAGCUAGCCAGAUUUUGGACGAUUUUCUACCAUCAGCACUCAUGGACGCCAUGGAUAACUUGAAACAUCUUCAGGACUCUAAGCUGGCCCGAGAAAUCACUGAGGAAGCAGCAGAGCAAUUCUGCAAUGAUUUCGAACAGAUUGAGGAGGUGAUAACAGAAGGAGACGACGGCUCCGUGGACUCGGAAGAGGAGGAAGGGCUUCGGUCAGUGUUCCCUAGAACAACCGCCGAGAUUCGCGUGCUGUUGUCAUAG